UUGUGUUUGUUUACGAAUAAAAAAGGACUGAAAAAAAUUUCUACUUUAGUCACCAAAUAAGAAUUCUCGAAUCGAAUAUUUUCUUUUGAUUCUGUUUGUUUGAAUAAAGAAUUCAAACAAAAAGCCAGAAAAAACCAUGGUACUAGGUAUUAAAUUUGCACCACUUUUUAUUCCACUAAGACGGCGAUUACAAACCUCGAUUGUAUUGUUAUUUACAAAUUUUCUUAUUAUUGUGACUGUUGUAUCAAUGUUAUUGUUGUAUUUACUAUUCACACGAUACUACUAUAUAUCAUUAUUCUAUCUGUGUUGGUGGAUUUUCGACCAAGAAACUUGUGUACGCGGUGGAAGAAGAUGGAAUUGGUUUCGUCGUUUACCAACGUGGCGUUUGUUUGCUGAAUAUUUCCCAGUUAGAUUGAUCAAAACAGCUGAUUUACCGAUGGAUAAGAAUUAUAUAUUCGGAAUACAUCCACAUGGAAUUCUGUGUUUUUCUCAUGUUGUCAAUUUUUGGUCGGAAGGAACAAAUUUUUCCCAAUUAUUUCCAGGCAUUACACCACAUUUGGUUACGCUUAAUUUGCAAUUUAAAAUUCCAUUACAACGGGAAGUGUUGUUGGCAAUUGGUGCUUGUUCAGCAUCGAAAGAAAGUUUGGAAUUUAUUCUCAGUAAGAAAAAAGGAACCGGAAAUGCUGUAGGUCUAAUUAUAGGUGGUGCACGUGAAGUGCUUGAUACCAUACCAAAUACAAUGAUAUUGACAUUGAAAAAACGUAAAGGUUAUGCGAAAGUAGCUCUAGAAAAUGGAGCAUCAUUAGUGCCGGUCAUAUCGUUCGGUGAAAAUGAACUUUAUCAAACAAUGCAUCAUGAAGAGAUGACAAUUGUUCGAAAAAUACAGGAAAAAUUGUACAAAUUAUUAACAUUUACUCCUCCAUUAUUUUUUGGUCGUGGCAUUUUUCAAUAUUCAUUCGGUAUGUUACCAUUUCGUAAAGAGGUGUUUACAGUUGUUGGCAGACCAAUAAAUGUGGAACAAACACCAUAUCCUACCGAUUCGCAAGUGGAUGAAUUACAUGAAAAAUAUAUGAAAGAAUUGACAAAUCUAUAUGAAGAAAAUAAAAUGAAAUAUGGUUAUGGAGAUAUUCCAUUGAAAAUUAAAUGA